GAAAUUGAAAGGAGCAUGGCGGUGUACUUGCAGUCGAUGCCGACGAUGCCCUCCUUUCCUCCCACACCUCCGGAAGCAUCUCCUCUCUCUCUCUCUCUCUCUCUCUCUCUCUCUCUCAUCCCCGCAAUUCCUUCGUGUCGCCGGCCGUGAGCAGGUUGCAGACCGGAAGACCGAACUUGGACGGCAAGAAAAAGACGCGAUUUUUCGUCUCCGACUUGCUACUCCCGAUCUCCUCCCAUCCACCGUCUAGGGUUCGCGUUUGCUGCUGAGGCGGUGAGAUGGGGCAGCAGUCGCUGAUCUACAGCUUCGUGGCGCGCGGAACGAUAGUCCUGGCGGAGUACACGGAGUUCACCGGCAACUUCAACAGCAUCGCCUCCCAGUGCCUGCAGAAACUCCCCUCCAGCAAUAAUAAGUUCACCUACAACUGCGACGCCCAUACCUUCAAUUACCUCGUCGAGGACGGAUACACAUAUUGUGUGGUUGCCGUUGAAUCAGUAGGGAGGCAAAUUCCCAUUGCCUUUCUGGAAAGGGUGAAGGAGGACUUCAGCAAAAGAUAUGGAGGCAAAGCUGCAACUGCUGCAGCCAAUAGCCUUACCUGUGAAUUCGGGUCCAAGCUGAAAGAGCACAUGCAGUACUGCAUAGAUCACCCUGAAGAGAUUAGCAAACUCACAAAGGUGAAAGCUCAGGUUUCAGAAGUCAAAGGAGUUAUGAUGGAAAACAUUGAAAAGGUUCUUGACCGUGGUGAGAAAAUUGAGUUGCUUGUCGAUAAGACUGAGAACCUUCGCUCCCAGGCACAGGAUUUUAGACAGCAAGGAACACAGAUCAGGAGGAAGAUGUGGCUACAGAACAUGAAGAUUAAGUUGAUUGUUUUGGGAAUCAUUAUUGCACUAAUUCUUAUCAUAAUUUUGUCUGUAUGUCAUGGCUUCAAAUGCUAAUAUAUAAUAUCAACCCUUCUAGAGCUGGUUCGAAUAGCUUUUCACAGAAGUUGACAGUUGUAGGAUUUCACAUUCGCGUCUAUGGUUAUCAUGUGUUUGUAUCUUGAACGCAAUUCCGUAGUGCUAAAUUGAACAUCUGUUUGAAGAUACUACGUUCUUUUACAUAUUUGAAUGAGAUAGUUGUGAACAAUUUAUAUGA